GUCCUACCAUCUUACAUCUCCUACAAGCACAUUUCCCCUGGUUCAAGUACUUUCCAAACUCACAUUGUCCUGGGUGAUCUGCAGCCCAGCACAGUAACAUAACACGCACUGUUUCAAUUUCAUGUGCUUCAUAAUCAGGAACAGUAAUAGCAUUUGAAGGAUAAGGAACUUCAAAGCCAUGUAUGAAGCCAUCACAGAGGUCAUUAAUGAGUGGCUGUAUAAAUGGAUCAUAAGCCUCUGGUACACCUUUUGGCACAGUUGUACACGGUACAAAACCAAUAACAUAUACUUCAUCAAUAUGUGAUCUAUCUGUCUUGAACAUAUUUAAUAUGGAAACUUCAAGAGAACCACAACUUCUGCCACUUGUACUGAAUGGCUGCCAGCCAUCCCAGUGUCCGAUUAAUGCCAGAUUCAAAGGAGAACCCCUUGCUACUUCAGCUUUAUGUGAAAAUUUAUUAAAACAUUCUGGACAUUCGAGCAAUGACAAACCAUCAAUAUCUUUUGGAGAUGAAUUGAUUAAGUCUGAUGAAAUAACAGUGAGACACUCCCCGCACCUUGUUGGGACAGUCCACAAUUGAUCUGGGUCCCAAAACCACUGCACCUCUAACCAUCUUUCCCCAUCCCAAACCUCUUUUUUUAAGGGCCAACUUGUGUUUCUCUUUAACCAGUGUUCUCGUUCUUGCCAAUGUGAUAGCAUUUUCCUACACAUAUUUAGAUUCCGAAACCAGUUCUUUAGCUUUUCAUGUAAACCAAGAUAGUAAUACUUUAUAUAUCCACAUUUUCCACAGUUGGGGCAUAACUCAUUUUUACUCUCCAUAAUACCCCACUUACGGGAAUACAGGUACUUUUUAGUUGUCUUACCAUUUCUUGUGAAAGACUUCUCUGCUCGACAAAUGCAAAUAUAAUAUUCCUUUGGGUCUGUGAAUCCCUCUUCUUUCAAAAGCGACUGUACUUCUGACCAAGAUUUUGGCCAUAGAGAAGCCAAAAUAUCCUCAUCAAUUUCUGGAUCAAGGUUGGUAAAUAACAUUGUCCUCCCAUAACUCAAAAUAUCCUCGAAUGUUUUUAUUGAACACCCACUAUUAUCCACAAUAGUCAUAGCUUGCAGAACAGCCUUUACAACAAGUCUUUUGUAAGGGUUGCCUUGAUUGAAGUCAUCUUCCAUGUCAUUUCUAUUUUCAUUGUCAUGAUUCAUACAUACAUCUUGGACAACAUUUAUUUCGCAAUCGAUAUUUUCUGAAGUUUCCAUCGUGACAUCAGAUGUUUCAUGUUCUUCAAACGUAUUUUGUCCAAAAGCUUCGUCCUCUUUCGAGUUGUGAAAUGAAGAUGAUAUACGAGCUUCGUUCCAGUGCCGUAGUUCUGUUUUCCUUGUAACAGCUCUUCCUUUACAGCGAUAGCACCUACAAUGAACAUGUCUAUAAGAUAAUUCAGUACAGCUGCAUGUGGAUACUUCUUUUCUUGACCACAUUUCGACGUUGAAUCCACCAUAUAUUCCUCUUGUAGCUCUUUGCACGCAUCCGCCAUCUUUGUUUACCACAGGAAGCCCAAAUUCAGCACUUGUUAGCCAAUAGUGAAAAAGCUUAUACCAACAACUAAAACGGCGGGAAAAAACUACCAAUCAAUGCCGCUGUUAGAAAAAUUGAAGGAAAGGCGGGCAAAAUUGACCAAUGAGAUAGCAAAUAGACUCAUGAACAGCGUAGCUUGCCCGGCCUUGCUGUAUUUUCACUGCAAAUAUUCCAAGAUGGAUGACUCGAUUGUACAAGAAGGGCAGAGUGGUACGAGUCAGGUGAACGAAAACGCUCAAAUUCUUACGGACAAGAACGAUUUGGAAUCGAAAAUUAAAGAUCUAUUCGGCGAGGAAGUUUUAAAUGCUUUCAAACGUGAACAAGUUGUCAAUGAGAUGGCUAUUUCAGACCUCUUGGAAAGGAAAGCGGAUGCCACAAUCUUUCAAAGACUUUCCUUGUGUUACGGUAAAGCGGUCAUUUUCAAGAAGGAGUUUAGUUUUCUCAAAAGACAAAAGGCAUCUUUUGGCGCCAAAACGUCCCCUUCUCCUCCGCCAAAACCGACUAUGGCCGACUUACAACAGCUGAAUCCAGAAAUGAAGCACUUAUAUCUUACAAAACGUAAAAAAAUAGGGGUAUUAGCAGCAAACAAAUGGACUGAAUUUCCAAAGUUUAACUCGCCUGAGGCCAAAGCUGAACUAGAUGCAUUUGCCGAAAACAUAGAGAAAGAAUGUGGCAUAAAAGAGAUCAAUUUUGGAAAGGAAGGAAUAAAGAAGCACAUACAGAGUUUUUGCAAUGAACAACGUAGAUACAACAAAAAACGAAAACGUCCAUCUUAUGAUGAUGAUUAUAAGAUUCCAAGUUCCCAGGCCAUAAAAAAAGAGAUGCAAAGCAACCAUAGCUCAUCAGAUCUAGAGGAAAGCUCAGUAGAUCUAGACAGAGAGGGGGAACAGGAUGAACAUUUAGAACAGGAUGGAAGUAGUGCUGGAGACACAGAGAUUUUGAGUGAUGAUGAGAUGGAAGGAAGCCAGUGCCCUAUAAGCCCCAAAAUUCCAAAACCCAGCACUAGCACUUCAAGCCCAGAAGAUGCGAAAGCAGGUGAUCAAGUUGAAGCUCUACCAUUAAAAAUAAAGAGGGCAGUGAUUAAAUCAGUGUUUGGUAAACAACUCACCAGAGAGGUGUGUGUUGAUGUACUUAAAAAUAAAUUCUUUUUGAAAAGCAAUGCCUUAACAUCUCUCUCACCUAGUCAGGCAAUAGCAGUACUUAUUAGAAAACUUGUAAGUCAAAAAUACGUAGAAUUUAAAACACCACCGUCUCAGAUAACAUCUAUUAAUGAUGUAAACGUGUUAAAGGAAAUUUCACUGAUGUGAGGUAGACACUUAAUUAUACACUUGUCUUUGUUAGGUUCUUUAUAUCUUCUAAAAGUUUAAUUCGUUAUUUGCUUCAAAAGAUUUAGAAAUAGUUUGAAUUGGAUAUGCUGAAGUUGUAGCCACUAGUGAUGUGAGGCAGGCUUAACAGCUUAAAUCUUUAUGUGAUAUUGAUCUAAUAGGUCUGUGCAUGUUGAUAUUAAUUGUUGUGUAACUUCUGAGUAUUGACAUGGGCAAUAUUUGAUGCUCAUGUCAUGUCAUGUGCAAUAAUCUUGGGUAUUUGUAUAGCAUUACAAUCAUCACCCACUUGCACAUCAAAUUAAUAUUGUAUUUAAGUUAACCAAAACAUGGCACUUCUGCUGUUAAUGUUUAUCACGAAUUUAUGUUACAGUAAAUAAAACGUUUUGAAAGUA